AUGCCAAGUCCUUUGGAGAACGCAGUGGCUGCCAUUGUGUGUACCUUCCAGGAGUAUGCAGGGCGAGAUGGGGACAAGUAUAAACUCUCUCAAUGCGAGCUGAAAGAGUUGUUGCUGAAGGAGCUGCCCACCUUAACCCCGACUCGGCUGCGAGAGUGCGACUACAACAAUUUCUUGAGCCUUUUGGAUGCCAACAAGGACUGUGAGGUGGAUUUCACCGAGUACGUCAAGGCGAUAGCCUGUCUCUGCCUCUACUGCCAUGAAUACUUCCGAGACUGUCCCCCUAACCCUCCUUGUCCGGAAUAA